UAGUCAUCUCUCUUACCGCGUUCCGUACGCAUGCCUCCCCGCAUUUUAUGCUUCCAGCACGGACUAAAUGAAUUGUUCAACUGUCGUUCUCAGCAAAUAGGAUCAGGGCAAGGCAGAGAGAGAAACUCGCUGAAUCCACAUAGAGGAGAGUGCGGUAGUCUGUCAGUUGAUCCGAGGACUUAAUUAACGAAGGAAGCGUUUGGCAUCAGAGGCGCCUACAGUUCAAUUUGACAAUUUGGCGUUUGGGCCACGGCUAAACGGGUUGCAUUUUGGAAACAUUUGCAGUUUGUUCAGUAUCCUUGGCGGUAUUUGUGUAACAAGUCCAACAUACAACAGACACUGCACGAAGCAAACGGCCGGCUGAGAUUCAUCUAUCGCAUCGCUCAGUGCCUGUAUUUUCUACUCAGGACUUCAAUCCGAUGUGGUCAGCGGGCGUCCAGACGGCGUAUGCUCUCGCCUGCUGUCUCUUGGGCUUCGCAGUCGUGUGCAAAGCUCAGUGGGACUGCGUAAAUGUUUUCACGCGUCAGUACAAUGGGACAGUAUCCAUGGCCUGUCCAAGGUAUUCUUUCGGGCCACCUACAUGUUCUGAAUGUCUGCCCUGGGCCAACGUUACGAACAGGAAGUACGGACCUAGGAGCGGAUCCAACACAGAUUUGGUGGAGAACUAUUGCCGGUUCGUCGGUGAUAAGGCAGGGCCGAUGUGUUACUACCAGGCUCAAGAUGGUAGCAUCAAACUGGAGUUCUGCAGAAUUCCUCCGUGUCAUGCACAUUCUGGAUGUAUGACGGGCAACGGGACAGACUACCGCGAUCAUGCCAUGUUCACGGAAGGUGGCUACAGUUGUAUGCAUUGGAGUGAGGUACUAGACCAAGAUGUCAACCCAACCUCGUACCCAGAUGCAGGUUUAGACGCGAACUAUUGUCGCAAUCCCGACAAUAGCAGUCGGCCAUGGUGCUACUAUCGCGACCAAGAUAUGCUAAUUAAAAGAGAUUUUUGCCCAAUCGACACAUGCAAAUUUGAUGUCCUGGGGCAGUUCCAGCGCCACUUCAGAACUUACAUCCCGGCCCACAACACCAAAUACCUCCGGGGUUGGUGGUGGGACAUGACGGCAGAGGAUUGUGCUCGUUUCUGUUUGGAGGAGCGGACUUUUGUGUGCCGUUCCUUCGAAUACCGCGAGGAGUAUUACUUCGAUGACCGGAGAUGUAUUCUGACGGACCAGAGUCUCCACACACUGGAUAUUUACCGGUCAACCACAUCUGGCACGGCCAUCGAUCUCUUCACGCGGAUAGAUACAAUUUGCGAUGCCUACCGAACUAAUGCAAUUCCUGAUGAGUGUCCUCUUCAAUUGGGAAUGGAAGAUGGCACCAUACCGGACUCCAACAUCACAGCCUCAAGUUCAGCUGACCUUGAUCAUCUGCCGCAUCACGGCCGACUGGGGGGUUCCUCGUACUGGGAGCCUGACCAAAACGCUACCGGCACCAACCACUGGCUACAAGUCUGCUUCCCCUCGCGCACGAUGAUAUCGGGGGUGAUAAUGCAGGGGGGCGGGGAAGGAGAGAAGGCAGGGUGGGUGGAAGACUUUGAGCUGGAUUACUCGCAGGAUGGCAUCAUCUGGUGGAAAUACAGGGACUUCCAGGAUUUUCAUCUUGAACCACUUGUGAUGGAGUUCCGGGCCAACGGCGAAACAAAUUGUCGCCGCCCAAUUGUUCUUCCCACCCCUGUCAGAGCCACUUGCGUCAGAAUAGUUCCCACCCUGUGGAACCACGCUCUCCACCUACGUAUAGACCUGAUUGGCUGUCUAGACAAUGAUUGUGACACAGUUUUGGGAUUGUCAGAUUAUCGGGUAUUAGAUUCUCAGAUCACAUCCUCUAGCAGUUUAAAUGAGACUAACUCAGCCAAAACUGCACGGUUGAACCCACUGGACCGGCAACAGAGUACCGGCUGGGUGCCACACAACAGUGACCCCCAGCAGUGGCUCCUGGUUGAUCUGAGAAGCAGUUACGACAUCCAUGCUAUUGUGACCCAAGGGUGUGGCAACAUAGCAUUGUGGAUAACCUCAUUCAAGAUGUAUUAUACAGGGCCCGUGGAUGACACCUCCAGUGUGGAGUUCCACCCCUACUUGGACCAAAAUGGUGCUGUAAAGAAAUUCCUGGCCAAUUCAGAUCAGCACACCAUCAUCCGUAAUGAACUCCUGCCUAAGAUCAUGACUCGCUACAUCCGUAUCCACCCAGUCACCUGGCAUCCGGAAGGCAUCGGUCUGCGGUUGGAACUUGUUGGUUGUGUGUACCGCUCUUGUCGUCAGCGUCUUGGCAUGGAGUCAGGAGUGAUCACCGACAGUCAGAUCUCGGCCUCCUCCUUUUUCACCGACAGACCCCCCACCAAUGGACGCCUGCACUGGGAGUUCCUCGCGGCUUCCAACUCCAAAAGAUAUGCCUGCUGGGGUCCAAAGCAUGAGUUGGGCUUGGCAGAAUGGCUACAGGUUGAUCUGCUGGUCCCUCACACCAUCACUGGUGUCAUCACGCAGGGAGCCGGCAACUCCUGGAGGUACUACUGGGUGGAAGGGUACAAGAUUCAGUGGGAGAGUCCCUAUGAGGAGGGAGUAUAUCGCACCUACAAGGACCUGCAGGGAAGGGACAUGAUAUUCCCAGGUAACAGUGACCAGAACUCUGAAAAGCGCAACGACCUUGAUCGACCCUUCAUCACCCGACAGGUGCGGAUCAUAUCCCAUGCGUGGCAUAACAUCACAGCCUGCUUGCGUGUGGAGUUUUUGGGAUGCCCCUUACAAGGCAAUGGUAGGAUAUGCGGCAGCCUGACGCUAGGCGGUUACUGCCUGGGUUCCAUCAACAACCAAAGCCCCACGGCUUGUCAAGAGAUCUUCAGCGAGGGCAGUCACCCGCUGAUCAUCAACUCCCAGGAGCAGCAGAAUAAACUCUGGGAGAAACGCAAUCAGUUGCUGAUUGAAAACCAGCACAGGUAUCUGAUUGGCUUAAGAUUUCGCCACAGUGACAAGACUUACCAAUGGGUAGACGGAACUCCGCUUACAUACAAGAACAUCCGUUGGGUGUUGGAUAGUUACAAUCAUUCCGUUGAUUACUGCGUUUCCAUGGAUUCUGAGGAUUUAUUUUACUGGAGAGAAGAGGAGUGUGUCACUGAUCAUGUGAUGCAGGCACAGAUAUGUCAAAUCGAUAUCGAUGAGUGCAUAUCUGUGGAUCAUGGCUGCUCCCAUGAAUGCGUCAAUGUGCUGGGCUCCUACUACUGCGUAUGUCCACAUGGUUUUCGUCUCAAUGAAACAGACCUCAAGACAUGCACAGAUCCUUGUGAGUUCCAAGAGCAAGACCUCGCCCCAAUCCAUUUUGAGGACAAGGGAGACAGUUGUUAUGGCACUUUUUCUCAGGAUGCAAAUUGGACGGAGGCGUCGACAACAUGCAGUAGUGUAGGCAGUCAUCUGCCACAGGCUGAUGACAACGUAUUCCUUUGGUUAGAUACAGCACACAGCGAUGAGUGGUUGUCAUGGGUGCAAGCUGAGAUGAACAGUUCAGCCAGAAAUGAGUGCCAGGCUGUACGAACAAACAACAACAGCAUCAUGGUUGAAGACAUCCUGUGCUCUGAGGAUCUACCCUUUAUCUGUCAAAGAGAGUAUGAAGAUGUGAAAUGCAACUCGCUGUGGGCUUCCAACACCACCAUGGUUGAGUCCACAUUGUCAGAGGGGUACAUACAGUCACUCAGCUAUGGCCCUUGGUAUGAUGCAGGCUCAACAUGUACAGUCCACAUAAGAGGACCACAGGUCUACAAAGUCAGAUUGGUCAUCUCUCGGAUGGCUCUGAGAAAAGAGACACUGGACAACAGUCAGAUCUCCCGCUGCGUAGACUCACUAGAGAUCACCGAUGACAUCCCUAGCUAUGGUCUCUUCCCUAGAGGGCGCUAUUGUGGCACACUGAAGGACGUGGAGAUCGUAACUCGUUCAAGCGACGUCCGGGUCAUGUACACCAUCGGCCAGCUUAGUGCCAACAUGCCACGGGAACUUGGCUUUGUGGCCAGCUACAAAUUCAUCAAUUGCAGUGAAGAGGACUGCGACACGGACUGUGGCAGUAAUGCUACACUCCUGACUGACCCCAGCGGUAGCCUGGUCACCAGGAAUUUUCCAGCCCGCUUACCACCUUUCAGCACUUGCGCCUGGCGGAUCAGGCUAGCUAAGGGCAGCUUCAUCCGGCUACAUUUCCAAGAUUUCCGAGUGGUGCAGGACUCUGAAACCGGCGACUGUGUUGAUUGGGUCGUGGUCACCAGAACCGAUGAGAUUGCUAGUAACAUCAGCCUGUUGGACCCAUCAACGAAGAAACUCUGUGGAAGACCCCCGCCACAGAUACUCUCCGAGACGGAGGAGCUAUUUGUGCUCUAUCAGACUGGCCUCGAUGUAUUGUCGGCAGGAUUCAGAGCAACGUAUACAUCUACAGCUUUGCCUGGGUGCGGUGUGGGCCUUGACACAGCCUCCAGAGACCUUGAAUGCCACGCCCCCGAGGCCGUCCUGACCUCGCCCUAUCAUCCCUUGCGUUAUCCUGCCCACUCUCAGUACAGCUGGCACAUCUCCACGCCCAUGGCCACCUACAUCCGUCUGAUUUUCAGUGCCUUUGAUGUCCCAUCGGCCCAACCCUGUACUCAGGAUCAUGUGGCUAUCUAUGACGAGAGUUCCCAACAGCAUGGGUUGUUGGGGGAUUAUUGUAACUCCCGACGACCUCCAGAUGAGGUGGUGUCCAGUAUGAAUGACAUGCUGAUCUACUUUUACACUCAAGAACCGUCUGGUGGGACAGGCUUCGACGCUACAUAUUACGCUUCAUACUUCAAACCUAAAGUGUCUUUGGAAAGUCCUUACGAUGAUGAUUACAUUUGCGAGGAUGAUUGGACUGAAUACUACGGCAGCUGUUACCACUUCCAUCAGGAGAAUGCCACACUGAAAUGGAAGGAUGCUGAGAGGCAGUGUGUCCUAGAGGAUGCCCUACUGACCAGCAUCAGGGACUACGGAGAGAUGAACUUCCUUCACCUUAUGCUGACGUCUGACUGGUUUACGGAGCAGACUGCCACUUACAUAGGUCUAACUGACAUGGAGGAUGAGGGGCAUUUCCGAUGGUUGGAUGGCCGGCCUCUCAGUUACUCUGAUUGGUCAGUUCAAAGUGAUGGGAGAACCCAGCCUGAUGGAGGCGUUCUGGAGGAUUGCUCUGUCAUCUUGAUGUCCAACAUGCACUCCACACAGAACUGGAAUGAUAUCCCGUGCUCCUUGCCUAAAGCAAGGCAGUUUAUCUGCAAGAAACCAGCCCGCAAAGAAAAUGGAUCAGAGCCUGUUGUACCACAGACUGUUGGAAAGCUGCAAACAAAAGAAUGCAAUUCUGGAUGGUCUCUCGCUGCGGACAUGUGUGCCCGCCUUGCCCUGACCCAAGAUGGCUUCCUCAUCUCCGGCGACAGCCCCACCGACUGCGUGACUGAUGUCCGGCUCACGCCGGAUCGCCUCGCCACUGUCUUCUAUCUCAUCAAGCACGUCUGGGCCAACUCCUCGCUCCAGCAGGAAGGGUUCCGCAUCGCCUUAGGGAGGACGGGAGGCGACCAGAUGUGGGAGGGUCGCAGCAUUGAGGAAGAGGAUUGUGAGGGGGUAACUUACACUGACGGUCAGUGGGUGCUAGAAUCUAAUAUCAACUGUGAUGGCCCAGUAUCAGCUGUGGUGUGCUACCAAGAGGCUAGAGAUCUGAGCCAGCAAUGUGGUGAUUCCAUGUUCUUCUGUGACAGCGGUGAGUGUAUACAGCAAGUGUAUGUGUGCGACGGCGUGGUCGACUGCGCAGACAAUAGUGAUGAAACUGUUUGUGUACCAGUGGGAACCAUUGGACCGAACACGACUGAUGUGGCACGCUUUUCAGCCAACUGUAACAGCGAGCUGUUCCAUUGUACCAGCGGGAGCUGCAUAUCUCUCUCCUUCCUCUGUGAUUUCAUUCGUCAGUGCCCUGAUGGCUCGGACGAGGAGCACUGUGAUUAUCCAGCUUGCCAUCCAUCUGAGUUCCAAUGUGCUAACGGUCAGUGCAUCAACAGCGAGAAUCAGUGUAAUAUACAUCGGGAUUGCCUGGAUGGAUCAGACGAGAUCAACUGUGAUACCUGUCAGAUGGCCUUCCAGUGCUACGACAGCUCCUGCAUUCCUUAUCGUGCUGUCUGUGAUGCAACCCAAGAUUGCCCAGGAUUUAUACGGGAGGAUGAAGGAGGUUGUGACUAUUCAAGAGACCCCGACUUCCAGUGUGGUGCCAACCAGCUGCGUUGCAACAAUGGUGCCUGUGCCGACAUGAAGCAUUGGUGCAUUUACGACUUUGACGAGUUUGGUUACCAGACGGGCUGCCGCGAUGUCACACAUCUUCGAUUCUGUGAACAUGUGACAUGCAGUGCCUUCACUUUCAAGUGCCCCAAUUCUUACUGUAUUCCCCUUCGUCGACGCUGUGAUGACGUGACAGACUGCCCUAACAGUGAAGAUGAACUCUCAUGUGAUGGUGCAGUCUGCCCUGUAGGAACCUACAAGUGUCGUAACACCCAGAUGUGUGUGGCAGAGACCCAGGUAUGCAACGGGAUCAAGGAAUGCCGAUAUGGAGACGAUGAACUCUUCUGUGGUGUGGAUUGCCCCAAUGGAUGUCAGUGUCUGGGACUGUCUUUCACUUGUGUGGGUGUGGACUGGAACCAGACUAAAGCAGAUAACUUGCCAGAUACUUUAAGAAGACUGGUUCUGAGCAAUACCAUCGUCAUGGAAUCUGGUCAUAAACGACGAAGACGACAGGUGUCUAACGGCAGCACCACUGUGGAAGAUGUGUUAUUUAUCCAACUGGAGAGGUUUCCCUUCUUGUUUGAUCUAGAUAUCUCUGGAAACUACAUCGAGGCUUUGGAACCAGGAAUGUUCCAUCAGCAACGAAAUCUGUUCUCCCUGUCAGUUGCAAAUAACAAACUGCACAAUUUGGAACCGGGGACAUUUGAAGGCCUACAGUGGCUACACCAACUAGAUUUAUCGGGCAAUCCUUUGGUUCAGAUUCAACGUGGUGCCUUCAACUAUCUCCAAACCCUUCCAUUUCUGGAUCUCCACGGAUUAGAGAUCAAAAACAUCUAUGCGGGGACGUUUGAUGGACUGGAUUCACUCAAGGGACUCAACCUGAGCCACAACAAUCUGUUGGAGCUUGAGUCAGGAACUUUUGACAACCUUGUCCAGGUUACUCUUCUAGACAUUAGCAACAAUGAUCUAACGGUUUUCCACAAGGAUCUGUUCUCUGGUCUGACCUCGCUGAAGACGCUACAUUCGGAUAAGUACCUGUUCUGUUGCAUGGUGGGUGAGAUACAGGAAUGUACUCCAGAGGCAGACCAGUUCUCAUCAUGCGAGGACCUCAUGAGAAACCAUGUACUCCGUGUCUUCAUCUGGAUCUUAGGUCUGAGUGCAUUCCUGGGCAACGCGUUUGUGGUUGUCUGGCGUCUACACACCAAGCAGCGCUUUAAAGUCCAGGGUUUCCUGAUACUAAACCUGGCUCUGUCUGAUUGCCUUAUGGGAGUGUACAUGCUGAUUAUUGCCAGCGCUGACACCUUCUACAGGGAUGUGUACAUCUACUUUGCCGACGACUGGAAGAGCAGUACCCUGUGUACGAUUGCCGGGUUCUUGUCGGCGUUUUCCAGCGAGGCGUCUGUCUUCACGCUGACCGUCAUCACCUUGGAUAGGUUCUUGUGCAUCAUGUUCCCUUUCGGCCGGCUGCGACUGGGACGGAAGUCUGUCCGAUGGGUCAUCGCGGGGAGCUGGCUGCUCGCGUUGUUACUUAGCGUCAUCCCAGCACUGGGCUUGCCGUACUUUGGCGAGCGUUACUACGGGCGGUCCGGUGUCUGCCUAGCCCUUCCUCUGACCGGUGAACGUUCACCAGGCUGGGAAUUCUCCAUUGCCUUAUUCCUUGGAGUAAACCUUUUCAGUAUCAUCACCAUCUUGGUAUGCUACACGGCCAUCUAUAUCUACGCCAAGCGGUCGGCAAAGCAGAUACGCUCUACAAAGGGUGCUACCACCGAACUGAAGCUUGCCACCAAGACCUUCUUAAUCAUCGCCACUGACAUGUGCUGUUGGUUCCCCAUCGUUAUCAUGGGCUACCUAGCACUCUCAGGGUCUGUCGUUAUACCCCCCACCAUGUACGCCUGGACUGCUGUCUUCAUUCUACCCAUCAACUCAUCCAUUAACCCUUACCUUUACACUAUUUCAUCCAUUGGACUUCCUAAACUCCUGGAGGUGUCUAAUAACUACAAGUCUCGACGUUGUCAUUGUCACGAUGCGGCUCCAUUCAGUGACAUAGGUUUGACUGCUGUAAGAAGCAAUGGACAUCAGCACACAGUGACCACACCCAUACACUCACCACCCGCCAGGAGGAAAGAGCCCUCUUGUGGACAAUAUCUUCUCACCCAUCUCCUCUCAGGGGAGGAAAGUCCGACACUGAGGCUCUCUGAUGAUGACUUGAGGUCCAUAGAGACGGACCUGAAGAAUGCCUUUGGAGUGUUACAUCAGAUGGGGCUACAUCUCAGCGGCAGUGCAGAGGAGGCUGUGGUGUUAGAGAAAGAGUCGACAGAAUCAGAAUGGCAUGCCAAUCUUCUGCUGCCUCGAUCUUCACGAGGCCAGGCCUCAGAGUCAACAGUUGAUGAUGUCACAGCAGAAGAUGAGCAGAGAUUGGUGAAGGUCCUGCAGUGCAUUAAGAGCAACUUCAAAAACUAAAACCAAUCUUGCAUUCCACACAAAACGAUUAAACGAGAGAAGCCAUAACCAAAGAAUGCAAUUAAAAAGCACUCAUAAAUGAUUAUUUUAGGAAUCGUAUAUGUGGUCUUUUUAUAUUGCGACAGUUGCUUACACAAGAGCUAACAUUAGGGAUUUCCAGCAGAAAAGGCUUAAGGUCAUCAGCUUGUUGGGUUGGGAAUAAACUCCAUGGAAUUAAAAUGAAAACAGGAAAAUUAAGCACAGUCAUGUAUGAUGAUAAUCUUGAUCGUAAUUAUCAGGAAAACUGAACUAUUGCAGACUCUUUGUCACAUUUGCUCUCUCCGUCAUAGUCAGUCGGUACUUAUCUUUACCGUGAUUUUUGUCGAACUCUGUCAGUUUUUGCAGGGUUAGCUAGGGCGUCAAUGUGUUUUGAAAAGUUGAGGAGGCAUGUAGCCCUGAUCAGAAGAAAUGCGAAUGCAAAGCUCUGAGCGGCGUGGGGUCCGGGGCCCACUCAAGGGCCCCGGAAAAUUUUGGAGUAUAGAUGCUCUGCGGGGUGAUCUGAGACAAGUUUUGGCUACUUUAGCCAGUUUUUAACUACUGCUUUUGCAAGCUGUACAUUUUCAUUUAGGUUUUGGAAAAAAGUGUGGGGGGGGGACAAUUGAUACAGUAUCCCCCCGGGAAAGCGGGGGGGGGGCUGUGGCAUGUCCCGUCCCCCACCGAUUGACGCUCAUGAUGUUUAGCAUCUUUCCUGUCAUUUCUGCUAUAUCUGUUCUAAAUAGUAUGUAAAUAUUUCAACCGGUUCCACUUGAACGAAUUUUUAAGUGUUUUUCAUAUGUGCCACCCUAGUUUUUGUUUGUCGUUUCUAAAAGAUUUUUAAAGUUUGAAGCUAUUUUAAUUUACUCCAGUUGCCAACUAGUGGCUAAAUGUCCGGGGGGCACCCAGGGCAAACACAUUGUUUUAAAGGGGCAUUACAAGAAAUAUAAUCUGCUGGAGAUUAUUCAUAGACUUCAAAUGGGGGGGGGGGGACCGGGGACACCGGUAUCCGCAGAGGGGGCGGUCACAUCCCCAAACCCAUAGUUGCGCCACCGAUUAGCCUGUUCCUUGAAGUUUAUGCAAAUUAGGUGAUACUGAGCUCAAUCAAAAUGAGCUGUGAAUAGAGGGAUUUCACAUUAGCGCCGAGGCUCUCUGUGUUGAACUUCGUCGCGCUUCCCGCGCAAUCAACACGGUACAUGCAGUAUUCGGUUCGUAAGUGUGACGCCACUUCAAUUUAAACCACGCCCACUGCACAUGCAGAUACACGAUCGCAAGUACGUUAAUUCGCGGUCAAUUGCCGUGUUUUGGUUUCUUUUGAUUUUACGUGUCGAGUCAUCCUGAAAGACGCUUCCACAAAAAUGUACAGCGUGAA